GCCAAAGCCCGAAGAAACACAGCUCAUUGUUGGCAGCUGCCGGGCGGUCCUGCCGAGCUGUGAGGGCAGCGCAGGGGGAAAUAAAAGGGAAAGGCUCCGAGUCUGCCCCAGCGGCCGCGGCGGAACCUCGGCGCCCCACUCCGCGAGCAGCGAGCGCCCCGCACGCCCGGGAGCUCCCCUCUAUGUGCUGCUGAGCCGGUCCUGGACCGCGCGAUCCCGCCCUCGGUGUUCGGAGCAGAAAUCGCAGAGACGGAAGGACUGGACAUGGCAGACCAUAUGAUGGCCAUGAACCACGGGCGCUUCCCCGACGGCACCAACGGGCUGCACCACCACCCUGCCCAUCGCAUGGGCAUGGGGCAGUUCCCGAGCCCCCAUCACCACCAGCAGCAGCAGCAGCCCCAGCACGCCUUCAACGCCCUCAUGGGCGAGCACAUACACUACGGCGCGGGCACCAUGAACGCCACGAGCGGCAUCAGGCACGCCAUGGGGCCAGGGACUGUGAACGGAGGGCACCCCCCGAGCGCGCUGGCCCCGGCGGCCAGGUUUAACAACUCCCAGUUCAUGGGCCCCCCGGUGGCCAGCCAGGGAGGCUCCCUGCCGGCCAGCAUGCAGCUGCAGAAGCUCAACAACCAGUAUUUCAACCAUCACCCCUACCCGCACAACCACUACAUGCCGGACUUGCACCCUGCUGCAGGCCACCAGAUGAACGGGACGAACCAGCACUUCCGAGAUUGCAACCCCAAGCACAGCGGCGGCAGCGCGGGCGCGGGCGGCGCGGGCGGCAGCGGCAGCGCCGGCGGCUCGGGCGGCACCUCGGGCGGCGGCGCGGGCGGCAGCGGCAGCGGCGGCAGCAGCGGCGGCGGCGGCGGCGGCAGCAACAUGCCCGCCUCCGUGGCCCACGUCCCCGCGGCAAUGCUGCCGCCCAAUGUCAUAGACACUGAUUUCAUCGACGAGGAAGUGCUUAUGUCCUUAGUGAUAGAAAUGGGUUUGGACCGCAUCAAGGAGCUGCCCGAACUCUGGCUGGGGCAGAACGAGUUUGAUUUCAUGACGGACUUCGUGUGCAAACAGCAGCCCAGCAGAGUAAGCUGUUGACUCGAGCGGGAGGGGGGGGGGCGGGGGACACCAUCCCCACACACACCCCUGCGAAAGAAAUCAACCCCCCAACUAUCGGUGUGAAUUAAAAGAAAACAAACAAAAAAAAGCAAAACAAAACAAAAAACAAACAAAAAAAACCCCAUUCCCUUAGACACAGUAUCUCACUUUUCAGAUCUUGAAAGGUUUGAGAACCUGGAAACAAAGUAAA